AUGUCCACUCAGGUGUUCACGAACGCUCGCCUGUUCACCGGCUCCACCACCUCCACCACCGAUUCUGCCACCGAUUCAUCCACUCUCGUCGUUAAAGAUGGCAAGAUCGCUUUCGUUGGCGCGUUGGACUCCCCAGCCUGUGACGCCUACGCGCAUAACCCAGUGCAUAAUCUGAAUGGCGCAUACGUCCUUCCCUCCUUCAUAGACGCGCACACGCAUUUCCUCCUCCUGGGCCAAUCGCUCGCAAAAGUCCAAUUAGACGGCUGCACCGACCUCACAGAAAUCCGGGCACGAAUAAGCCAGUAUGUCAAGGAAAAUCCGGAGAAAGAGAGAGUGCUAUGCAGCGGGUGGAUGCACAGCAUGACAGGCAGCGCUGCGCUCGCAUCAAUGCUAGACGACCUGACGGAUAAACCGAUAUACAUUGAUUCGAAGGACCUCCAUUCGUGCUGGUGCAACAGCGCUGCGCUCGCAGAGAUGAGGGUUCAAGACAUGCCCGACCCCGACGGAGGGAAAAUCGAGCGAGACGCAAAUGGCAAAGCGAGCGGCCUCCUUAGUGAAGCAUGCGUGCUCCUCAUCGUGUGGCCCCAUCUCGCUAAGGUGCUCAGCACAGAGGAAAAGCUCGCGUCUCUACGCGCAGGAAUGAAGGCUUAUCACUCAGUCGGCGUGACAGGCUGUGUGGACAUGGCUAUGGACGAUAAUGCUUGGGAUGCAAUCCUCGCUCUCCGGGACGCAGAAGGCGGACACCUCCCCCUCCGCAUUGCAGCGCACUGGUGCAUCAACCCCGGCGCAGGCGAGGCCGAUCGCCUCAAACAAGUCGACCGCGCAAUCGAGCUCGCGGGUCGUUACAAUGCGACCACAAGCCCAGAUCUGCGCGUUGUAGGCAUAAAGAUCAUCUGCGACGGCGUAAUCGACGCCUGCACCGCCGCUCUUGCGGAGCCUUACACUACCAAUGUCGCAUCGCCGGACCCCAUUUGGACGCCAGCGAUGCUCGACCCUGUAGUCAAGAAAGCGUGCGAAGCGGGUCUGCAAUGCGCACUUCACGCCAUCGGCGACGCCGCCGUGCACAACGCCGUCAACGUCCUCGAGAUCUACGGAAAACCAGACCAACGGCACCGCAUAGAGCACCUGGAACUCACAGCGCCGGAAGACGCCGCAAGGCUGGGGAAACUGGGCAUCACAGCGUCUAUCCAACCCGUACACGCUGAUCCGGCCAUCCUCCGCGCUUGGCCAAAGCUGCUGGGUCCGGAGCGAUUGACGCGCGCCUUCGCGUACAAGGACUUCGCAGAUCACGGCGCUGUGUUGGCGCUUGGGAGCGAUGCACCUACCGCGCCGCACCCACCGCUGAAGAACAUGUACGUCGCUACGACGCGGAAAUCUGCGCGGUAUCCGGACGCGGGCGACCUGCCUGUAAACGAGGAGUUCAAGCUCGGGAUCGUGGAAGCGGUGACUGCGGCCACACGAGGGGCGGCGUAUUCAUGUUUUGCAGAACAGCAUGUGGGAACGUUAGAAGUGGGAAAGCAAGCGGACUUCGUGGUCGUGGAUAUGAAGUUUGAAGCCGAGGACUUGCUGAGCGCUCAGGUGGCGCAGACGUGGUUCAAUGGGGAGAAGGUAUUUGAUGUAACGGAGGGGGUGGAGAAGCCGAAGAUGUAA